CCUGCCCAUCCAACCUUAAAUUUUUCGAUUCCUGUAACCUCCAAUCCAAUUUCUGCACAAUGCAUUGUUAGCUGCAUCGACGUAUUCCAUCCAUCCACCAUAGCCGCGGUAUACGAUGCGGCGCUAGCUCUGCUCGCUUCAACCUAUCAAACGAGAGGCGCGGUGUUGAAGAAACGCUGACGACUUUGCGCCACUCUCCGAGACCCUCAAUCGGGACAUGUCUAACUCGGCUUUGUGAAGCGCGAAAAAAAAUUUAAUAGCCGGGGCUUUCCACGCGCGCCGUCGGUCUAAGCUCUGAGCUAUUCUUAUACCGACCUCUCAGUCCCUCGGGCUGUGGGAAUUGUGCAUGUUACGUCUUUCAGUGCUUUUCGGGGGACUCAACAGGAACAUCCGACGAUGGCGCCACUGUUAGGCAAUUGGGAUGGAGACGCCACUCCAUCAUCACAUUCAGCAAAUAAGAAUGCCGCAACUUCGAAAAGUAUUCUCUAUGUGGACGCCUACGACUCAUUCUCUUACAAUGUGGUCGCAAUGCUCGAGGAGACGCUCAACGUCCAAGUGACCGUUAUGACAAUCGACUCGGACUGGCCGGACGGCAACAUGAACGAGUUCCUCACGCACUAUGAAGCGAUAGUGCUGGGACCCGGUCCCGGAAAUCCCAAUCUGCCCAAAGAUGUCGGCAUCAUGCGCGAUAUCUGGAAUCUGCGGGAUACCGAGCUCCUGCCGGUUUUCGGCAUCUGUCUGGGCUUUCAGAGUUUGUGUCUGCAUCACGGCGUGCCGGUCGAGCGUCUACCUUAUCCACUGCAUGGUCAAGUCCGUCAUAUUUCAACGGCGUCGAAAGAUAUCUUUGAGGGGCUUUCCGAUGUGGAAGUUACGCUGUAUCACUCGCUUUAUGCUGAUUUUGAUGCUGUGAGCAGAUCGCGGGGUGAGUUGUCGGACGAUUUGGAAUUCUUGGCAUGGCUUCCUCUUGAGAAGGGGACUGGUUCGGUGACUCGAAUCCCAAUGGCGGUUUGUCAUCGCCAGAAACCGUUCUGGGGUGUCCAAUUCCAUCCCGAAUCUUGCAAGUCGGAAAAGGAUGCUUGCAAAACGCUGCUGCUGAACUGGUGGCGGAAGGCUCUUACUUUCAAUAAGCUGGUUGGACGUGGGGGGUAUGCAAUUCUCCCCGAAACGAUCAUCACGCCACACGAAGAGACCAAGGGCUUUCCUGACAUCGCCUUUGAAAUGUUGAAAUGGAGCUCAUCGACAUCUUCCACUUCGGCAUACCGGUCUCUCUAUCGGGGCAAUUUGACUGCAGAGUCUCUGAGCGAGCUGUUCAACAGGCCUGGAGCGCCGACAGUGUUGUUCCAGUCAAAUGGCCGCUACAACAUCGUUUCGGUUCCCAGCCCUGGCUCAUGGCGAUUCGAAUUCAGCGUGGAGCUCCAGAAAUUAGCCAUGUACCAACUCAGCGCUGGUCGCAAAUCAGUCGAGGAUUCCCUGACUGUGAGUCAAAUGUGGGAUGCUCUCCGAUACUUGAUGGAAAUGAAAAAGGUCAGCUCGGGUAGUACACAAGUUCCUUUCUGGGGUGGCUUCCUAGGAUAUUUCUCCUACGAGCUGGGUCUGGCCUGUCUUCCUCAUCCCAAGGGAUCUUCCUCGCCGACGUACCAUGAUAACGUUUCCUUUAAAUCGCCACCUGGUAGUGCUGAAGAUCACCCCGCCGAUGUCAGUCUACUCUGGUGUGAAAGGAGCAUCGUCAUCGACAACACCACUGGAAAUAUUAUUGUACAGUCUACCUGCGAAUCCGACAACUUGCCAUGUGGCUGGCUCGACGAGACAUUGCAGCUACUUCAGGAAUCUUCAGGAUCCGCCCAGAAUGUGGACACCGUCGAUACCCAGUUUCUAGACUCCAUCCUUCGGGACGGCAAAAUUACCUUCCCCGAAGAAGCGACAUACAAACGACAGAUCCAGGCAUGUCAAGCAGAACUAGAAGCCGGUGAAUCUUACGAGCUGUGCCUCACCUCCGAAACAUCAAUUACACUACCAAACCCCACAACAGACGAAGGCCGAGCCACUUUCCCCUGGAAAUUAUACAAGAAACUCAGAAAAUACAACCCCGCCGCAUUCAGUGCCUUCGCCGACCUGGGCCACGCCAAAAUCGUCAGCAGCAGCCCCGAAUGUUUCCUCAACUGGGAUCGCGAGUCCAUGCUAGAAAUGAAACCGAUGAAAGGCACCGUCCGCAAAACGCCAGACAUGACCAUGGAAAAAGCCCGCGAAAUCCUGGGUACAACGAAAGAAAUGGCGGAAAAUUUGAUGAUUGCCGAUUUGAUUCGUCAUGACCUGUACGGAAUCUGUGGAUCUGGCGGUGUUCGCGUCGAAAAGCUACUCGAAGUCGAGGACCAUGGUCGGGUUUACCAGAUGAUUACGCACGUGAAGGGUGAAGUUCGCGCUGAACAACUCGGGUAUGCGGUGCGGCAUAUGCCUCAGUUGAAGUCCUCGAGUAUGGCGGUUCAUGGACUCACGGCACUUCAGCGUUGCCUGCCUCCUGGUUCUAUGACUGGUGCCCCCAAAGAGCGCUCCUGCUUGCAUCUUCGUCAUAUCGAAGCGCGUAAGCGCAGCAUCUACUCCGGUGUGAUGGGGUACCUCGACCUCGGUGGUGGUGGAAGUUUCUCGGUUCUCAUUAGAACCGCGUUUACUCGCUACCCUGAACAGGGCGUUGGUAGUCAAAACCAGCAGACAUGGAGGAUCGGUGCAGGUGGUGCAGUCACCACCCUCAGUACGGCCGAGGGGGAAUGGCAAGAGAUGUUGACCAAGCUGCAGACUGUCUGCAACGUCUUUACACCGUCGGAGCCCGCUAGCAAGGGCUAAAGCUUGGGAAUUCCAGACUUAUGCCUGGCGAUCUAUGUCAUGGCAUUGGAUCGUUUUGUUUAUUUGCUUUUCAUCUUCACUAGAUCACAGACGGUAUACUCGUUUCUUCAACAUCUGGAUCAGUACAUUGCGAGUGAAGACUUCAUUCAACAUAUAGCGGUGGGAGGAGUUUUGUGUAUUUAGACCUGUAUCCAUUGCAUAUACUUUUGAACUAUCUCAUGUCCACGAA